GUGGCGUCAUAUUCCAGCUACAGAAUUUGAAAAACAAGUUUCAAUAUUUAAACGUCUCUUACCGCCUGAAUUACAUGAUCCUGAUAUUACUGGUUCAUCAGCAUUUUAUACAUCACCAGUUUAUUCUACUGUAGCAUCAAGGAUUCAAUCCGUUUUAAUAAAUCCAGAUCAAGCGGCAAGAAUUGCAAGUUGGAUUGAUAAAUUAGAUGUCACACCGUUAGAUAAUGGAGAAAAAUUAUACAAGUCAUGGUGUAUUCCAUAUCAAUUCAAACUUGUAGUUCGGGGAAGUCGAGAUCAAAAGUUUCUUCAACACACUUUAACUUCCAAUCAAGCCGUAGUUAUUAUUAAACCUUCAAAUUCAACAGAGAUUCUAGGAGGGUAUAAUCCAUUGAGUUGGAGUAAGAAAUCAAUUUCAUCAAAUAAAGAACCUCAAAAUACUGCACCUUUAAAAGAUAGUUUCGUCUUUAGUUUGGGGAAUGAUGAAACAAAUGAUAUAUUGAGCAGAGUUAUAGAUCCUAAAGAUUCAAUUUAUUGUAAUGUUUAUUGUUCACCCGUAUUUGGAAAAGGUGAUUUAUUCCCUAAAGGUCAUUUUGAAAUUGGGCAACCAUGCGGAUGUAAACAAACUAGCUACGAGAUAGCUUUGAGGCAAAGUCAAGAUCAAUUUAUUAUUGAAGAAUUUGAAGUUUUUCAAGUUAUUAAAAAAGAAUAUUAA